AUUCAACGCGUUGAUUUUUCUUCAGAAUCACAGCCUUUAGAAGAUCUUAUUAUUCCUGAAAAUAUACAAAAAACUUUAGAUAGAUCUGACUUUUUAAUUAAAGAUCCAACUAUAAGCCAUAAUAGAAUAUUACUUUUUACUACUUUGGAUAAUAUUAAGCAUUUAGAACAAU